AUGACUUCUCGUGCUAACGAAGAAGAAAUAUCAUUUCUUCGAACGGUGCCUCCGGCCAACAUGUCACCAUGCAUUUUCAUUCUGGAGCAGGCAUUAUCAGCGCGUGCACUUCAAGAAAUGCUCUCCAGCAAAAACGAAUUAUCUGAUAGUCGGACAUCCGGCCAUAGAACCCUUCUCUACGGACAUGCUAUUCGACUGAAGCACCGCAACAGCAGCAUGUAUCUUGCUUGCCUUUCAACCAGCUCGACUGAAGACAAACUGGCAUUUGACGUAGGCCUAGAACGUGAAGCAAAUACCGAGGCGUGCUGGUGGACCAUUCAUCCGGCCUCAAAACAACGUUCUGUCGGCGAAAAAGUUCGCAUCGGUGACGACCUCAUUCUAGUCAGCGUUUCCUCCGAACGAUACUUGCACGUCUACGGCGACUCCUUUUCUUCGUCUGGAGUUAUCGCGAGUUUUCAGCAGACACUUUGGACGGUCAUCCCUGUUUCCAGUGGAGUGGUCCGACAAAAGUCUCUACACAUGGCCUUUGGUGGUGAUGUUAUUCGUCUCUUCCACGGCGACGAAUGUCUCACCAUUCAGGCAGCUGAUGAGUCAGAAGAAGGUCAAUUGGCUACCAGUGUCACUGCAUCGCCACCCGAUUACCAUCAGUCGGUUAUGUACCAGCUGGGUUCGGUGUCCGGUCACGCCUCCUCCCUCUGGGAGAUUGAGCACACAAAGAUCAGGUGGUGCGCUGGCUUCUUCUCGUGGGAGGACGCUGUACGCCUGCGUCACGUGACCACCGGUCGAUAUUUGGGCAUCACCCCGGCUCAGGCCAGCGGCAACACCACUGCGCCCGGGCAAAUCGACGUUGUGCUGCUCUCCCCCUCUGAGUCAGACGACGCCUCCACCGUCUUCUACAUCAAACAGACCAAAGCAAAAGACGUGUUUGUCGGUUUUCCGAUUCCAGGAAAGCUAUUCGUCGAUGAAGAAGACCUCACAGCCUCUCCAGGACAGCCAACCGCUGUCACGUAUGAUCACAUUACGACCAACUGCUCUUCAAGACCGCAGCACCAGUUUGGAAGCCCAGAAUCGACGGAAGCAGAAGACGACAAGAAGAAAGUGGAGAUAGACCGCGAGCACGAGGGUAUGGGGGACCCAGACGUGUGCUUGGGCGAGACACUCAUCUACCUGCAGCACGCGGCUCUUGGCUGGUGGCUCUCGUACGAGUCCUACGAGACAAAGAAGCGCGGUGUUGGCAAGGUGGAGGAGAAGAAAGCAGUCCUGCUGGCCGAAGGUCACAUGGACGACGUGUUCAGCUUGGUGCGCGCCCAGGAGGAGGAGUCCAUUUCGGCGUCCGCGAUACGUCGCUCCACCGCCGUCUUCUCCACCUUCAACCGUGGUCUCGACGACUUUGCAAACGCCAACGCCGCCAACAGCGGACCUGCGGCAGCCCCAGUCACGGCCUCUAUGACCCCCAUCGAGGGACCCACAUUGAAUCUGGACGAGGUCAAUCAGUGUCUGGAGGACUUGAUUGAAUUCUUCGCCCAACCCGAGGCACACGAAGAACACGAAACUAAGCAAUCCAAGCUUGCAGCUCUUGCUAAUCGGCAAGACCUCUUCCAGGAGGAAGGGAUGAUUGGGCUGGUGUUGGAGACCAUCGACAAGUUCACGGGCACCUUCCGCAGCCGCCGCGAAUUCGCUCUGGCUGUUGGCGAGGAACGCGGGAACAAGUUCAGCGACCUCGGCAACUACCUGUACCUCCUUUUGGCGGCGCUGAUACGCGGCAACCGCGAGAACUGCGCCCAGUUCGCGGCGCCAGCGCGUCUUGAUUGGCUCUUCAAUCGACUGGAACUGCAGCAGAGCUUCGCUGAGGGCGUACUCGAUGCCCUCCACUGUGUUCUCACGGAUUCUGACGAGGCCCUGAAUGUCAUCACAGCUCAGCACAUCCACACGCUAAUCGGACUUCUAGACAAGCAGGGUCGUGAUCCCGGGGUCCUCGAGGUGUUGUAUUCCAUAUGCAUGGGUCGGCAGGGUGGAGCAGUGCGGCUGAACCAGGACCUCAUCUACGAGAGUCUCUUGCCAGAUCGGGAUCUCCUCCUGCAGACAAAACUCGUGGCGCAGUCUGGAUCCAUGCGUCCGAACGUCUUCGUUGGAAUUAAGCCUGGUGGAUCCAUGUAUACCAAGUGGUACUUCGAGGUGUUUAUUGACGCCCUGGAAACCGUCUCUCACCAACCACCUGGGAUUCGGAUUGGCUGGGGCAACACCGACGGUUUCACACCGCAUCCCGUCGGUGGACCCGGCUGGGGUGGAAUCUCCCUCGGCGAUGACUUCUACAGCUUCGCUUUCGAUGGACAAAACCUAUGGACAGGAGGGAAGGCGAAACAGGCCCUCAUUCCGUUGGGAAGCAAGCCCACUCUCGGUCACCAACAUCGAUCAGCUGCCCACAACGGCAGUGCCAACCUCAAGCGUGGCGACGUCAUUGGCUGCCUCCUCGAUUUGACCGGUCCUGUCAUCCAAUUCAACCUGAACGGCACACUUGUUAAAGGCUACUUCCAGGACUUCAAUACAACAGGCCUCUUCUUCCCCUGCGUGAGCAUGACAGCCCGUGCGAGUGCUCGCUUUGUUCUGGGCGGAAACCACGGAAAACUGAAGCACGGACCGCCAGCGGGCUACGCGCCAAUCAUCGACGCCUUGCAACCCUCGCAACGACUGCGUUUGGAACCGGUCUUCUCCUUCGGCCGUCUCGACAAAUCGAUAUUCUCUGGGCCCCUGGCCUCGCCUCUGCCCUCACAGGACGUCUUCGUCCCCGUUCCGAUCAACACCGAGAAGGUUCAUCUGCCAACCGUCGUUGAAAGGAUCCGUGACAAGCUAGCGGAGAACAUGCAUGAGCUCUGGGCCAUGCGCAAAAUCGAUCAAGGCUGGGUGUUUGGGGAGCGACGGGAUGAAUCAAGAAGACGCCACCCCUGUCUGUGCUCCUUCGACAAACUGCAACAGCAGGAGCGGCAGUACAACGUGACAAUGGCGCUGGAGAACCUCAAGACCAUCUUCGCUCUGCGCUACAACAUCGGCUACGAGAGCUUGCCCGAGGGAACACGCAUGAAGACGGUCAAGUUGAACGCCUCAUACACACAGUCAAACGGUUACAAGCCUCAACCGUUGGAUCUCUCGGCAAUACGCCUGUCUUCCCGACUCGAGACUCUGGUGGACGAGUUGGCUGAGAACACCCACAACAUCUGGGCCAAGGAUCGUAUUCACCAGGGCUGGACUUACGCAUUCCAACCGCCCGUGAUCUUGGAUCAUUCCAACAGCCAGGAGGCGGACUUCAUCCAAUUAAACAACCACGUUGAUUGUGACAACGCGCAGAAGCGCAGUCCUCAUCUGGUGCCUUACUCGGAGGUGAACAGCACUAUCAAGAAGAUGAACAGGGAGUCAGCGACGGACGCAGUAAAAACCCUCAUCGCCUACGGCUACGUCAUCGAGCCGGUGUCUGGCGACGCCGAACAAAAUCGCGAAAAUCCGCUUGACGUGCUGGAGGAGGCGACAAUGAAUUAUCGCGCGGCGUCAUCGAAGGCCGUCACGCGCGGGAAGUGGUACUACGAGGUGGAACUUCUGACGUACGGCAUGGUUCGAGUGGGUUGGGCCACGAAGAACGCGCCUGCUGCCACGACCAUCGGAAUGAGUGGAUCCUCCUACUCCUUCGCCCCUGAACAGGCGCGGAAAUACCACCGCGAUGGCAGGCCGUAUGGAAAACGCUGCGAACCCGGUGAUGUGAUUGGGUGUAUGCUCAAUCUCAAUGAGAAAUCAAUAAUGUUCUCGCUCAACGGUGAGAUCAUGAUGGAUCCACUGGGCCAGGAGAUCGCUUUCAAGGACAUCAAAGUUAACGACGGAUUUGUGCCAGCCUUCACACUGGGAUCAGGCCAACAGGUGCGCAUCAACUUCGGUAACGUCGUCCAAACCUUGAAGUACUUCACCAUCUGCGGUCUUCAGGAGGGCUAUAGUCCGUUUGCUGUCAACAUGAGCAAUGCCGUCCCGAUGCGGUACAGCAAAGUGGACGCAUCGUUGUUCAAGGACUUGAAGCCGAACCACAGCAGACUUGAAACCAAGGUCUCUGGUGCCUACCCGCCAGUGAUCAACAUUCUGGCCAAAUCACCCAGUCCAACUGGGCUGCAUCAGAUGGAGUAUCUGCGCCUGGGACUAGGCAUUCGGUGUAAGGCGCAAUUCACCACGCGAUCGCUUGCCGAUCGAAGAGCGCAUUUGGACCAACUGCGCAAGCAACUGGAACCCGAGGACUACCGUCACCAUCCAAUGGGCAUCGGAGGUCCAUCCAGCCUCGAUCUUAUGUCCUCGGAAAUUGGAGCCUCUGGAUUGGAGGUGCGCGAUCGACGAGGUAAGAGAGCGCGUCUUGCCAAUGUCUUCAGGAAGACACGCCAACGAGACGUCAGUCCCGAUGUCGCAGGCGGCUACUCAGGUGCAGGUGGUGUGAGUCUGGUGAGUGGAAGUGGCAGCGGCACAGGAAUUGGCAAAAAGGGAGACCCUGGAACCUCCAGUCAGACCUCUGGAGGAGCACAUGAGGGCUCUCCCGGACCCUCUGGAGAGGAUUUCGAGCUCAUUUUGCCGGAACAGUCAGGUUUGGAUAAUGCGAUUGCCGAUUUCAUGGAUGAAUUCGCCUACACAGUGCUCAUCCCCCCUGGACAGAAUCCCUGUCUGGUCAACGUCGGUUGGGUUGGCAGUUACUUCAAGAUCUCGAAGCCGGCGUCGAUCAGUGGCGGGAAUCCCUUCCCCGUGGAUCCUGAUUUCAACGUCACACAGCUCGCUCAGCUAUCGUCUCAAUCGACCAGAACAACUACAGAUGGCGACGCGGUUAGUCGGUCGGAAUCCACAGACUCCGACGCUACCGGAAGUGUAGUCAGUCCUGAGAAGUUGAUAAAUUUUGCCGAGUCUGCGGUCGCUGAACGAUCUUCAUUCCUGGUGAACGUGGGAGACCUCAUCCAGAAAACCUCAACCCCUGACGAUAUCGGAAAGCGUGUGAGUCAAGGCCUCGCAGUGACUUGCUGGGUCGAUACGGCAUCGGGUACACUGGGAUUCCGACUGAACGAUCGCGACACCCUCUGUCGGUUUCAGGUGGAGCCAUGCACCCACCUGUUCGCGGCUGUGUUUGUCCGACCAACGGCACGUGACUGCGUCCAAUUUGAGCUUGGACGUCGCUCACGGUAUCAUCUACCCAUAACUGCUGGCAUGCUUCGACCUCCAAGACGCGCCAAUAUGCCCAUUCCACACAGACUGAAUGUGCAAGCUAUUGAGCGUGUUCACUGGGCUCCGGUACCAGAUGAACAAGCGAAAAUUCAGAGUAUGAAGAUGAGCGAUCAACGGGGCUGGAGUAUGCUGCUAGAGAAUAGUGCGCCUCGCCUUGUAAUCCAGCUGCCUGAAGCGGACCGAUGCUUCUCGAUCCUGGAGCUGGAGGACAUGCCGGAUCUCCUGAGGUUCCACGCAAGCACACUGGCCCUCUAUCGAGCGCUCUGCUGCCAUGGUAACCACAAUGUCGCGCAAAAACUAACGAAGCACGUGGAUCAGAACCAGCUGCUCUACGUGAUUCAAUCGAAAUACAUUCACGGCUCUCUGCGCUCCGAGUUUGUUCAACUCCUUCUGGCCAUGCACUUGGAGAGUCACAUGAAGCUGAAGCAGGUCACGGGCCGCGAGUUCAUCGUUCCCCUGGAAAAAGAUGACCUUGACGUCCAGAAGACGCCCGAGCACGUUCUCAAGAUUGUCCACGACUGGGAUCCCGACCACAUUCCCGCUGUCACGGAGCACCGCAGUAUCCGGCCGAAGUUGAUUACCGAUCCGCACCUGUUGAUACCGGGCGCGGAUGGAACUGGUGCGGGGAAUUUUGUCGUUCCUGCGGGCGGUGCAGAGAUUCAGCCGGAGGCCGCCAUGACAGCUGCCAUCGCGGCAGCGGGACCAGGCGGCCUUCUGAAACUUGCUGAUUGCCCUCCGUUUCCGCUGGACCAAUUGAAGCGACAAACGCUCGACGCACUGAUCGAUAUGGCAAACACUGGGGGUCACGUGCGCGACCCCUUUGGAGGCAACUUUGAGCACGCCUUGCUACCCCUCCUCCAAAUUCUCAAUCACCUUCUCGUCAUGGGUUCAUUGGACGCCUCCGACCUUGCCACCGUUCUCGGACUUCUUAGUCCAAAGCUGUUUCCCAACACUCCCGUUUGGAGAGUUACGAGGAUAGCGGGUAGCCUGCUGGAGCUUCCGCUGCCCGAAUCAGUCAAGAUGGAGGUGUGUCGACUCUUCCAUAAUCUCUGCGACCUGCAACUUCGACAUCGCAUCGAAUGCAUCGUGACCUUCUCAAACACGGCGGUCAGCGAAAUCCAGAAUGACCAGAUGCAGCGGUAUCUGGCCAUCAAGGUGGCGAAUCUGCCGUCUUCUGUGGCGGCUCCACGAACUCGCGAAUUUCGUUGUCCACCGAAUGUCCAGAUCCGCAACCUGCUGUACAUGCCUGGACCCGGCGGACCUUCAGGACUGCUUAACGAACCCGCCUUGAACGCCUCGGAGGCCGCAGACGGCGAGAACGAUGCUGCGACGGCCGUUCUAGACUUAGGCGAUGGCGGUGAAGACGGCUCUAGUGACGGAUGCUCAGGAAAUCCAUGCGCUGAGGAGAUCAAAGACCUGAUGCGCAUGUUCCACCGUCGUCUGAUGGAUCACCUGGGUGUCGGAACACCUGAGGCGGAAGACACUUGGGACUACAAAGGCGCCAUUGCCACACUGCACGACGCCAUUGCUAAUGUCAGCGCUGAACACCUCGUCUCCAACGCAGUACCUCACCUUCGACAGUCACCACAACCACCGACUGCCUCCAGCCCCGUGGAAGAAGUUGUCGAUCAACCGCAGUCCGAGUUGACGGAACUGCUCAGUACGCCGACACUUCUACUGCCCGAGGGUGUAGGUGACCCUGAGUCUGGCGCUGCUGGUCCGCCAAUGGCCAUCAAGGCCAUCUGGGAUCUGGUCUCCGGUGCAGCCAAUCGCGGAGGCGGAGGCACUACAGGCAAAGGCGCCGAUGGCGGCUCUCGACAACUCGCCUUGGGACCCCCUGAAGACACAAAGCCGCAAGGACGGAAGCUUCACCAGCUCAUUCUGGAGACGGUGAGUCAUUGGGCGAAGAGCUCAAUCAUCGAGAAUGUCGAGCUGAUUCGCCAAAUGUUCUACUUGCUCUACCGCCAAUACGGAGCCCUUGAUGAGCUUCGACAGGGACUGACGCGCACCUACACCAUCGGACAUCGCUCGAAAGAGGACGUUUCACGACUGCUGCGCUCUCUCGGCCGAAUUCGCUGCCUGCUCGGUGUUCAGGUCGGCGCCAAUGAGGAGAUCCUCCUGAAGAAUUGUCUCUGGGACAUCAUGAACAACAAUGUCUUCUUCCAGCACCCAGACCUGAUCCGAGUUCUCGCAGUCCACGAGACCGUCAUGCAGCUGAUGGUCCACACUCUCUCGAAGGCCUCACUUGACUCCCCCACUGCGUCGUCCGUCGCCGCCGCCCAAAUGUCCACAAUGACGGCCACCUCUGAGGUCCAACUCCAGCAGAUCGAGGAUGCACGUCCGUCGCGUCACCGACACGGUUCCAGCGGAGCUGGCAGUCUCCCAGUUGUUGUCGAAGAAGGCGAAGACACCACAUUGAACGGCUCCAACACUGGACAUCGUAAUGUAUCCGUGGGUCCAACUGAGAUGGUGGUUCAGUGCUGUCGAUUCCUCUGCUACUUCUGUCGCACCUCGUGGCAAAAUCAGAAGGCCAUGUUCGACCACCUUAGUUACAUGCUCGAGAACUCGUCGAUGCUGUUGGCUCGUCCGAGUCUGCGUGGAAUUUGUCCGCUGGAUGUCGCUUACUCCUCAUUAAUGGACAACAAUGAAUUGGCACUGGCCUUGCGCGAGAAGCAACUGGAGAAGGUUGCGGUUUACCUCUCACGUUGUGGCGUCCAAUCAAAUGCAGAGUUGCUGGCGAAAGGGUAUCCAGAUAUCGGUUGGGAUCCUGUUGAAGGCGAACGGUUCCUGGAUUUCUUCCGCUUCACGGUUUGGGUCAACGGUGAAAGCGUGGAAGAGAACGCCAACCUCGUAGUUCGGCUUCUCAUUCGCCGUCCAGAGUGUUUGGGUCCGGCGCUUCGUGGAGGCACCAAGACGGCCUCUAGUCGUCGACAGCGACUCAACUCCCAGCAGGGUCCCAACGGCGGGGACGUGGGGGACCAAUUAGCACCCCCCGGGAGCCCUGAAGGACCGGUCGGCGGAGGAGGCGCGGGUGUUACCAGUGGGGGUAGCACCACGGGACCUGCCGACGACGCACACUCCACCACCGCGUCGAACGCCAAUUCGCCUUCCUCUUCCACCGUUCUCAUCCACUUUCGUCAAGGCAUCAAGGAAGGCAUCGUGAUGUCUGCACUAAUAAAACUCGUCAAGAUGGCCAUGGAAGCCGAGGCGCAGGGUUUGAAUCCGGAGGACGAGGAUAUGGGAUGGCGAACUGUCCUCAUGGACUACGAGGACUGCAACCUUUUUGCUCCUUUGCCCUACAACUUCAGCAAUCUCCCUGUACGAAAAAAAUCUAGCUACUCUCCCGAGGACGACGAAGACUAUGUGGACCUUGGCGCAGCCAUUUUAACCUUCUACUCGGUGCUGGUGGAUCUUCUGGGCCGAUGCGCGCCUGAACUCGAUGCCUCAAAGAGCGAGUCGGUGCGAGGACGUGCGAUCCUGCAGUCCUUGGUCUCAAUGCAGGACCUGGAAGGUGUACUGUCCCUCCGCUUCAUUCUGCCUCCACCGAAAUUGGAAAUGCAGUUGAAUGCUGAAGGUCUGGAACAGUGGAUGGACAGAUCUCCGAUGCCACCUGGACUGUUACCCGAGCACAAGGCUGCAGUGGUUCUAUUUAUGGAAAGGGUUUACGGGUUGUCUGACGCGGACACCUUCGUUCGUCUCCUCGAGAACGCCUUCCUUCCUGACAUGCGAGCUGUCACGCUACUCGAUAGUGCCCAGCGUGGUGUUACUGCGAGCGACAUGACCUUGGCGCUGAAUCGAUAUAUCUGCGGCUCGGUACUGCCUCUUCUCACACGCUAUGCUCACUUCCUUGCGGUGAACGAGGUGACUGCGGGUUUGCUAGAGUCCACACUGCACACCGCCUACCGUUUGGCUACCUGCUGGUCGAUAACCAAUAAUCAACGAGAUGUGGUCAGCGACUUCCUUGUCGCGUUAGUUGAGCACAUUCAGCCAUUCUCAAUGACCAGCCUCAUUCGGAAGAUAGCCAAGAAUAUGCGAACCGUUGGUAGAGAGUGUGCUGUCUCGCUGCGUGUCCUGACCACAUUCUACCAAAGAUUUGGUGCGUACUACAGCUCCGAGGGCUGGACAGCAGAGUACGCCGGUGCUGGUGAAUCUGGCGGUGGUGGAUCCAAGGCGCCCAAUCAGGGUGGAGCGAGUGCAGGGUCAGGUGGAUCUCGCGACACAUCGAAGACCGGUGAUCACACAUUCGUACGACCCACAACGACUGGCACCACGGCCACUGCUACCGAAGAGGAGCGUAACCUAACUGCGGAGCUUUUCAGUCUCAUCUUUAACAACCUCUCCUGUCGUCGCUAUGACGCCGAGCUCUACGUCUAUGCGUUGCCUUGCCUCACUGCCAUUGGCUGCGCUCUUCCUCCUGACUACUGCUCAUCUCACUGGGAUGCCCAAUCGAAAUUUGGCGAAGAUGACACAGUGGGACCUGAUGUUGCAGUUCAUCCGGGCGGUCCUGAUAGCACAUCUGAUCACCCAGGCUGCGCUCAGCAACACGAGAGCUUCAGGCCUGCUCCCCUAGCAACGGCCUCGAUCAAGCUGCCUGGCGCGUUGAGCAUUCUGGUAGAUCAAUUCGCCAAGCACUGCCACGACUCCUGGGCCCACGAAUUGAUUGAGCAAGGAUACGUCUACGGUCCAACACUAGAUGAGGCCAGACGAACACACCCCAACAUCCGACCCUACCACAGUCUCACGCAGCGGGACCUGAUUCGCUACAUUCAGCCAGUCACUGAGACGCUCAGGGCAAUGCUUGCCCUAGGCUGGACCAUUGAUCCGUCGGGGGUGUGUCACGAGGACGACGGGACCGGAUUGGGAUUGCGCAGACGCCAGUUCAUUCAAAAUCAUAACGAGACCCCUCAGGGCUACAAUCCGACGCCAAAGGACCUGCAUGGCGUAAAUGUCACCCGUGAACUCAUUGACUUGGCCGAACGCCUGGCCGACAACGCGCAUCAGAUCUGGGCCAAGCAGAAGAUGGAGGAACUUGAAGAAAUCGGUGGUGGGGUUCACCAAUUGUUAGUGCCAUACGAUAUUCUGACGGAUCGUGAACGCAAGCGUUAUCGUCGACUAACCCACGAGCUCAUCCGAUAUCUUCAAUACUGGGGCUACCGACUCUCCUACAAACCACCCAAUCAGCAUGCGGAUACAGCCAAGCCGGGAACCACACCUGCGACAACGGCCGCAUCGGCCACCGUCAAACAAUUUGCCGGCGAAAGGGGUGAAGGCCACCCGUCAAGUCGAUUUGCUUACGGGCUGCUCUCGAAGCUGUUGGACUAUGUUGAAGGCGCCAUGUCGACGGUGCGUGAGGACAAGCCAAGUCGCAUGUUUAGCCGACACCAAAGCCUCACUCAAACCAGUGAAGACAUGAAGCUCCUUGUCAAGGUCGUUCUGCCCCUACUUGAGCGUUACUUCUACACACGCAAGUCCUACUUCAUCGAUCCCUACUGUGGCGCGUCGAUUGAGGAAAAGAAAAUGGCCACGAUGCUCUUCACCAAGCUGUUCACCCUACUUCGACUGAAGACGCGUUGUUUCGGCGCAGACGUCAACGUCACUGUCUCGUGCCUCAAAUGCCUCAUCGAGUGCCUGGACAUCAAGGCGAUUGUGAAGAUAAGCUACGCCGAGGACUUUGUCAGAGUCCGUCUGAUGCCCUUCUUCGCCUACUGUGCUGACGACCUCAACCUCCUCAUUCGAAACCUCAACUCCGGACGCUACUCACACAUAAAGGGUACUAUCCGCCGUGGAGCCUGCAGCAUCCAUUACGUUCACAUGAUUCUGCUGCCAACGCUCAAGACAAUGUUUGAACACAUCAGUAAAACUGGUGUGGGCGAAGACCUACUGCUCGGACACCUCCAGGUCACCUGCUACCGGAUCCUGAACGCGCUUUACGUUCUUGGCACCACGAGUCGGAAGCACGCGAAUCGGCCUGAGCUAAUGGAGGAGCUCAACAGGCAUCGGCCGAUGUUGGGUGAAUGCUUGGCCGCUCUCACCUCGUGUUUCCCUGUGGCCUUCCUGGAGCCCGAAUUGAGUGCUCACAAUCCCCGAUCGAUUGCUUACAGCGUUGAGGAGGCUGACUACUCAUUUGAGGCCAGGGAAUCGGAUGAUAAGAUUCCAGAGGAGGAACUCGACCCGUUUGGAGCUAGAGACCUGCUUCAGAAGAUCGGCAAGACGCUGCCCUCGCUGCACGACAUAAUCGAUGACAUUGUUCGGCUUGCCGAAGCUGGUUCGAAUUGCGCCGGUGAACCGCACCUGAUCGAGGUGACCUUGCCGAUGCUGUGCUCAUACCUGCCAGUGUGGUGGCGCAAGAACAUCGCGCAGCGACGUCACGCCACCCGCAAAGGCGUCAACCUCGCAUUCUUCCCCGACAACGACCAAGUCCUUAGUCAGGUUGAACUUGACGGUGACCUCGACGGCGACCAAUCGAAUGAGAGUGACGACGACGAUGAGAAGGGCUGGGGCGCGGCCACCGGACCAAUCACAACAGUCACGGCUGACCUCAUGAAUCGCGUGCUUGGCUCCGUGUUGCAGUUAAUUCAAAAUAACAUUGAUUCCAUCAACGCGCCAUGGAUGACUCGCAUUGCAACACGAACUCAACCAAUCGUUGGAAACGCGACCGUAGAUAUGCUUGGAAAGUACUUCCUUCCCGUGUCCGAACGUCUUCUGGAACAGGCCUUUGCCGUGCAAAGUCUUGAACGACGUCUAAGCAACGAGACAGACAAGGAGGGUGAAUUGACGGCAGCGUGUGAGUUGUUGGUGAGGAACAUGUUCGCGUUGUACCCCCUGCUCAUCACGUUCGUCGAUCGAUAUCGCACCGAAUGGCUCAAACAGCCAACUGUGGAAACGGACCGGCUGUUCAACGCCGUGGCAAACCUCUUUCUCAUCUGGAAUGGUUCACCGAACUUCAAACGCGAAGAGGAGACGUUUGUGGGAAUGCACGAGCUUGACACGCUGGCCCUCAUCAUGCCCUCUUCGGAGAGGGGUCAAAUAUCGACCGAUGUGGGACCUCGAAGCCUCACCCAACAGCCCUCGAAAUCGGGCAAGGCGCUAAAGAAGGGCUUUACCAGCCUCAUGGUCGCGUCAGUUAAACGUCUCCUCCCAAUUGGAUUAUGUGUAUUGGGCGGAAAACAGCAGGAAUUGGUCCAACGAGCGAAGAGAAUGCUUCUCAAGCAUGAAGUCGAGGCUGACAUCGUUGACUACCUUCGGUUUGCACUCGACAGAGACGAUGAUUCCGAGAUGAAGGGUUAUCGGUGGCAGAAACUGCUUUACCAGAAAAUCGAUAGAACAAUAGCGCAGACUGGGUGCCACGAGGCCCUUGGCGUCUCCACCAAGGACGAAAUUAUCAAUCGCAUCAUGACCUUGGCCAAGGUCAUGCAUGCCCUGUACCUCGUCAGUCAUGUGGUGCCCACAACACUAAAUCGUGGCGCGUGGAAGAAGUUGGUCUCGACACAACGCAAACGCGCGGUGAUGGCGUGCUUCCGGAUGCAGCCCUUCUAUGCGUUGCCACGGCACCGGGCCAUCAACCACUUCCUGAUGGCCUACCACGACGGUUGGCUGAGGUACGAGCAGUCGCUAGGUGUGCAGCUCAUUGAGGAAAUCACUUGCGCCUCGGGUGAGGAGAACCCGUUAUCGAUUACCACGGGGGCCCUGCCGAUCGCGGCUGCGCCUAUCGCUGGAAUGGCUCCAAGCGCCGGUGGUGGUGGUGGUGAAGGUGGUGUUCCUGGAGGUGCAGGCGCGUCCGACGACAUGGACGUCGUGGCCGCCAUCUCAAAGGCCAUCAUAGAGGCUUCCGCGUAUUCCGACUCUUCAGACGAGGACAACAUUUCCCUCAGUGGAAGCGGAGAAAGCGCUGGCGGUGGUGGAGGCGGCGGUGUCGGCGUAGCGAACGUCGGACCAGCUGACCAAUCAGGUGGCGGUGGUGACACUGACAACACCCAGUCCUCGGGUUCACCGCACUCAAUCUUCGCAACCGACUUCUGCGCUACGCCAGAUCCACUCAGACAACUCAUCACUGCACUCUGCCGCACAGCCAUGGAACAGGCCUCCGACGACCGACUUUAUCUGGCAUUCGCACGAAUCAUGGCCAAGGCAUGUCACACUUUCUCCCAGUCUAGUACUAACACAUCAAAAGUGCAUGCAUGUCUUUCCUUGCAUUACCAUCUUGAUAUUCGUUGUGUCCUUCAGAGCUGUUCAGGAAAAGAUGAUGAUGAAGAUAGUGGCGGUGGUGGAGACGAAGACGAGGACGAAGAAGGUCCAACUUCCCAGGAACAGGAGGAACAAAAGCAGAGACUGUUGUUUGAACAAAAUCGCCUUUCAAAUCGCGGCGCAGCAGAAAUGGUGCUUCUCCAGUUGGCUGCCUCCAAAGGUGAAGCUACGCCAGUUGCGAUGGCCUCUGUCGAGUUGGGCAUUGCAAUACUGCUUGAGGGGAACGUUUCAGUGCAGAAUCGGAUGUUGGCGUACCUCGUAGAGAAACGACUGACAGGCUUCUUCACCAGUGUUGCCGGUCUCAUGCAAAACUGUUCCGUCCUAGACUUGGACACUUUUGAAAGAUGUCGAAAAGCGGAGGGUCUGGCCGUAGGGUUGUCAGAUAUGGAGGGAAUCACCAACCUCUAUGAUGCUGAUUUCACUUGCAAAAUUUUCCGCCUCCUCCAACUCAUGUGCGAAGGCCACAAUUCAGCAUUUCAGGACUACUUGCGGACGCAGUCAAGCAACACGACUUCUGUCAACCUAAUCAUCUCCACUGUGGACUACCUACUUCGCUUGCAGGAGUCAAUCAUGGACUUCUACUGGCACUUCUCUAACAAACCCGUUAUCGACGACUCCGGUCGAACCAAUUUCAUUAAGGCAAUUAAAAUCGGCAAGCAGCUAUUCCGCACCCUCACUGAGUACAUCCAGGGUCCGUGUCAAGGUAACCAGCACGCACUGGCAAACAGUCGUUUGUGGGACGCCAUCUCGGGCUUCUUCUACCUGUUCGCGCACAUGCAAGACAAACUGAGCAAGGAUCCUGAGCAGUUGGACCUCCUCCACGAGUUUCUCAACCUCCAGACGGAGAUGAUGAUUAUGCUGCUCUCCAUGCUGGAAGGUAACGUGGUGAACGGCAGCAUUGGCCGACAGAUGGUUGACACUCUGGCUGAGUCAUCAGCCAAUGUUGAGCUAACACUAACAUUCUUCGACAUCUUCCUGCGAAUGAAGGAAAUCACCAACUCUGACGCCUUUCUGGCUUUCGAUAUCAACAAAGAUGGCUGGAUUUCGCAUCGCGAAUUUCGAACCGCCCUCGAGCAACAGAAGUCGCUGACGGAGGAGGAGAUCAACUACAUCAUGGGCUGUGUCGACGCCAAUUCCGAUGGCAAGAUCGACUUCCAAGAGUUCACAGAACGCUUCUACAACCCUGCCCGACACAUUGGCUUCAAUGUUGCCCUCCUGUUGACUAAUCUGUCCGAACACAUUCCCGGUGAUGUGCGAUUGGAGCGUCUGCUUCAGAAGGCCAAGGGCAUGCUGGAGAUGUUUGAUCCCCUCCUCGGACGCAUCGAAAUCACCAACAAGGAGGGUCGCAUCGAACGGGUGUACUUUGAGGUACGACAGGAGAACAUUGACCAAUGGGAGAAACCCCAGAUCAAGGACUCCAAACGCACCUUCCUGCACUCCGUGGUAGGGGAGAGCGGUGACAAGGAGAAGCUGGAGUGUUUUGUCAACUUCGCUGAGGACACCAUUUUCGAAAUGCAACACGCCCAAGGCAUCAGCGGUGACGACGAAAACCUCCAGAUCAGUCGGGUUGUUGCUGUUCGCAACCUCCUGGAGGCCACUCGCCUCACGUCUUUCUUCGCAUUCCUCGGAACUGUGCUCUCCUUCUUGAGCCCGCACCAUCUGUGGAAGUGCUGGAUUUCUCUACAGCAGAUGUCUCUUGUCGAUCUGAUCGCGGAUAUUCUUGGUCUCAUAAUUGGACUGAUGAUCGGAGCAGUCCGUGUGGUGAAGGGCAUCCUGUCAAUUUCGGCCCGCUUCGUGGUUGCCAUGGCCUCAGACCCCAACGCCCCACCACCACCACCGCCGCCACCACCUUUCGUGGCCGUUCGUCCGCCAGCGUCGACCAUGUCUGCGGGUCCGCGGUUUGCCACGCUGAAACCGGAGCCUCCUGCCGACACGGAACUCAAACCACCCGACCCGGUAACAGCCAAUGGCAAUGCACACAAGCACACUGACCUUGCGAGCAUUCUUCAGGAAAAGGAGUGUUGGCUGCUUUCGGAGGAGGAACAGUUGUUGUUGGAACGUGUAGAUCCUUCGAAGGUAGAGAUGAUCGUCGGGGAACCCGCCAAACCCUCGUCUCCUGGAACCUCUCGGACGGCUGCUGCUUGCAAACCAUCAGCUUCCACCCGCGGCAAACCACCUCAAGGUGGGUCGCACACACAGCCUGCGAGCAGGGAGAGUUCAGAGGAGUCGGUUGUCGUGGAACAGAAGCCAAUUCCAACGUCCACCUUCUUAAUCUCGAUUUUCGCUCGAAACUUCUACCGAUUCAAGCUAUUCGCCCUGAUCCUAGCCUUCAUCAUCAACUGCCUUCUGCUCUUCUAUAAGAUUGAACGAAUAGACACCAACGGUGAUGAGGGUGCAGACGAAGCGGUGUCUAGCUCCAUCGUCUCCUCCAUCACCAACACCGUCUCGAACAUCGCCGAGUCACUGCGUGAUCCCGGACCGAGUGGAGAGGCCGACAGGCCGGACGAGGAGUUCAUAACGCUCGCUGAAUCUGCCUCCUAUUUGGGUCCACUCCUGAAAGUGCUCGCGAUCGCUCACUCGAUUUUGUCCUUGAGCAUGCUAGUAGCGUAUUACUUCCUCAAGGUGCCGCUUGUCAUCUUCAAGCGCGAGAAGGAGAUUUCGCGGAUGCUCGAGUUCGAAGGUGUGUGGAUUGCAGAGCAGCCGUCAGACGAGGGCCUACGCGCCCAGUGGGACAAACUGGUGCUUUCGACACCCAGUUUCCCUCACAUGUACUGGGACAAGUUUGUGAAGAAGAAGGUUCUGAAGAAGUACCGUGAGCAGUACGACCAGCGCCAGAUCAUGCGACUGCUCGGCAUGAAGGCGGGAUGUAGUGGUGCUGGAGGAGGAGGUGGUGGUGUUCGUACCGACGAGUGUUCAAACUCCUGGUGGUAUCCAACCUGGCUGCAGGAGCUUGACCUUCAGUACCUCCUCUGGAAGUGGGGCGUAAUUUUCACCGACAAUUCAUUCCUCUACCUGGUGGUAUACUUCAUCGUCUCGCUUCUUGGAAACAUGAACUACUUCUUCUUCUCCUGCCACCUCCUUGACGUCGCCAUCUCCUUCAAGACCCUGGCCACCAUCGUUCAGUCGGUUACGCACAACGGGAAACAGCUCGUGCUGACUGUCAUGUUGACCUCGAUCGUCAUCUACCUCUACACCGUGAUCGCGUUCAACUUCUUCAGGAAGUUCUACGCCAAAGAGGAGGACGGUGAGAAGGAAUACAAGUGCAACGACAUGCUCACGUGCUUCGUCUUCCACCUGCACACGGGACUCCGAGCGGGCGGAGGCAUAGGCGACGAGAUUGAACCACCCGAUGGCGACGCCAACGAGGCUCUGCGCAUCAUCUUCGACAUGUCCUUCUUCUUCAUCGUCAUCAUCAUUCUGCUCGCCAUCAUCCAAGGUCUGAUCAUCGACGCCUUCGGAGACCUGAGAGACCAGCUGGAACAAGUGCGUGAGGACUUGGAGUCCAAGUGCUUCAUCUGUGGCAUCGGUAAGGAGUACUUCGAUUCCACGCCUCAUGGUUUCGAUCGACACGUGGAGAGAGAACACAAUUUCGCCAAUUACAUGUACUUCUUGAUGCACAUCAUCAACAAACCAGACACCGAGUUCACUGGUCAGGAGACCUACGUGUGGGAGCUCUACCAGCAGCGGUGCCUCGACUUCUUCCCCAUCGGCAACUGUUUCCGCAAGCAAUACGAAGAGGAGUUGCAGGCCAAGUAG